AUGUCAUCACCAACAUCACUAAAUAACAAAUUAAAAGUCCUAUCACUCUAUCGUCAAAUAUUAAAAUUAGGAAAUGAAUGGGAAAAACACUGUACCAAACAAAUGACAAGUUUUCAUAAGAAUAUCUAUGAAAGACAAUUUAUUACAUUUGAACAAGAUGCACAAGAUUAUCAUAAAGGUGAUGAAGAAAUUGAACGUGAAAAGGAAUAUAUUAUUGAUCAGGCAAAAUCACAAUUCCGAUCCUUUAAAAAUUUAACCAAUCCAGAAGAAAUUAAAUCUAAAAUUGAAUUAGCUGAAAAAAGACUUUUAUUAACUCUUCAUUAUGGAAUUCCAUUUGAAAGACCUGAACAUGUAAAUAUUUAUGAUAACUUUUGGAAAGGUCAAAUAGAUCCUACUUCAACAGAUUAUUCAGAAUUUAAUAGUAGUAGUACUACUACCACUACCACUACAUUCAAUGAAUCAAAUAUUCAUUCAAUGAAAGGUUUAAAUCCAAAUUAUGAUGAAUUAGAACCUAAAUUUCCAACUCAUAAAUCUCUAGAUUUAGAUGAAGAUGAAAAUUGGAAAUAAUUACAUUCAUUACCACCAUUAAUACCACUCUCACCAAUACUAUCACCACCUGAAAUUGUUUCUCAAUCUCCCACUUGUUUAAUAAUAGAAUUUAUAUAUAUUAUACUAAUACUCCUACCACUACCACUACUACUAUUCAUGUACUGAUGCAUUCACUCCAUUAUUUCCUAAAUUAUUUUGAUGUAGAUGAUUAUUACCACCCUUAAUUAUAGAAUUUACAAUAAUUUCAACAUCUUGUAUUCUAUUUUGAAUAGCUUGUAAAUGUUUAUACUCUUCUGAAAUAUUCUUUUCAAGUCUAUCUGUAAUAAAUUUAGGUUGUUC